AUGUUCUCUCUUUUCAUUCCUUCAUUUCGUUCGAUUUUAUCAUUUACUAUUUUAAGCGCCAAUUUUGUUCGGUGCCUUUUUUUGUUAUUUUUAUUAGUUUUUCUUAUUUUAAAGAUUUUCUUUAACAAUUCUUCGUUGUUUAUUGAUAUUAGACACCAUUUUCCAUUAUUUCUUUUUUUUUUUCUUUCUUUUCUCUCGGACAAAUAUUUCUUUUAUCUUUUAAAUUCGUUGUUUAUUUUUCCUUUCUGUCAUUUCCUUCUUUUCUUUCUGUCUGUAAUUUUUUUAUCAUUUAUUUCUAGUAAUUCUUUUUCUUCUAAGUUUUUUUCUUCUGUCAAAUCAAGUUUUUCCUUUCAUUCUGGCAGUUCUUUCAAUUUUCCUUUCUGUCUUUUUCUUCUGUCAACUCUUUCGACAUUUUUUCCUUUCUGUCCAUUCUUUCUAUUUUCUUUCUCUUAUCUUCUUCCUUUUUAUCAUUUUUCUGGUAAUUCUUUAUUUCUUUUAACUUUUCUUCUGUCAACUCUUUCUAUAUUUUUCCUUUCUUUCUUUCUUUCAAUUUUCCUUUCUGUCUAUUCUUUAUUUUUAUCAUAUCGCUCAGCUAAUUCGUUUUUCUUUGAAGCUUUCUUCUAUCAACUAUCUCGACAUUUUUUCCUUUCUGUCAAUUCUUUCUUUUUUUUCUUUCUCUUAUCUUCUUCUUUUUAUCAUUUUUCUGCUAAUUCUUUAUUUCUUUUAACUUUUCUUCUGUCAACUAUUUCUAUAUUUUUCCUUUCAUUCUAUCAAUUCUUUCUUUUUUCUUUCUGCCUGUUGUUUCAUAUUAUCAUUUCUUUCUGCUAA